UUUUUUGAAAAAAGAAAAGCCUGUCCUUUCUAGGAAAUUACAAUUUGCAUAUUAUCAAAUCGCAGAAAACCCCGGCCGACGAUAGCUCAAGCUUCGUCUUUGAUCAAUUCAGUUUUUGAUAUUAAAUUGUGGAGCUCCCGUUUGCCGUUUGCAAUUUGGCGUGUAAAAUUUUCUGGGGUCUCACUAAAUUGAACUUUAUGCCCAUCCCUGGUUCGUCUCAGUGGCUAAAUUAUUGUUUUGAUUGAAAUGGGAGAACGGUCUUGCUAGCUAAGUUCUGAUGAGAAUUUUGGAGUUGGGUUUUACUAGAGAAGCUGAGUUUGUAACCAAUGGCUUUGAACUAUAUAGCCAUCUCGGGGCUCUGUACAGUACUAAGUUUUGUGGGUCUCCAGUUGUGGACGGAAUCGUCCUUGGGACAACUGAAGUCAGAUGGACUAAUUCCUGAGAAUUCUCCCUCUGCUGGGAAUGUUGUCCAUGUGGUUGAUCUUCUGUUGGGAUCUUAUACGACGAUUGCAUUGCUUGCAAAUUUUGUGCUCAAUGUAUUCAUUUUGCUCGUUCUAUUUCUUAAGACUAUAUUCUUUGUGGAGUUGUAUCCUUCUGAAACUCGAAAGUUGGUGGAACGUCUUGUUAACUAUAUUAUAUAUAAGGGGACAUUUCUACCUCUGGUUGUUCCACCCACAAUAUAUCAUGCAGGCUUAUGGUCGAUUUGGUUGAUCGUUCUUUGCUGUCUAAAGAUGUUCCAAGCUUUGGCAAGAGACCGACUCGAAAGACUAAACGCGUCUCCUUCUGCCACACCAGUGGCAUAUUUUCGUGUGUAUUCAGUAUUAUUGUUGGUCCUCUUUGUCGACAUCUUAUGGAUACAGCUGUGUCUGGUAAUAUAUAAGACAUUGAAUUUAUCAGUGUUUCUGCUGUUAUUGUUUGAGCCUCUCAGUAUUGCAUUUGAGACGCUUCAGGCUAUUUUGGUGCAUGGGUUUCAAUUACUUGAUAUAUGGAUCCAUCAUUCGGCAUGGAGCAGCUCGAGUUGUGAUAGAUUUAAAUUGUUCGACACAUCAGCAACAGGUUCGUUGUUGGAAUGGAAAGGCAUUCUUACUCGGAAUUUGGGAUUUUGUUUGGACAUGGCAACAUUGUUAAUGGCUCUUGGUCAUUAUUUGCAUAUAUGGUGGCUGCAUGGCAUGGCAUUCCAUCUAGUGGAUGCAGUCCUUUUCCUAAACAUACGUGCCUUGUUGAGUGCAAUUGUAAAGCGAGCAAAAGGAUUUAGGAAGUUGAGGAAGGCUUUAGGCGCCCUUCAUGCAGCGCUUCCAGAUGCAACAACUGAAGAGCUUCGAGCAUAUGAUGAUGAAUGUGCCAUUUGUAGGGAACCCAUGGCUAAGGCAAAGAAGCUACACUGCAAUCACCUUUUUCAUCUUGCAUGUUUGAGAUCUUGGUUGGAUCAGGGUCUAAAUGAGUUUUAUGCAUGUCCAACUUGUCGAAAGCCACUUUUUGUGGGCAGAUCUGAAGAUGAGGCUAAUCCACGUAAUGCAGAAGUUCUAAGUGAUGAACAGCUUGCUCGUCAAAUAAGUUCAGGACUUGAUCGACAAAACACUUCUGGAAAUAUCCUGCCUACAGGAGUAUUACCCAAUCAGAUACAGAAUUCUACAGAAAGUGGUCCUUGGAGGAGUCCAGGAUUGGAUUCCAGUUGGUUGCGUACUUGGCCUGGUCAAGGAGUUGAUGGUGCUGGUCCGUCAAAUGCUAUAUCAUCAGUGGGACUAGGGAGAGUUCAGAUGAUGAUGAGGCAUCUUGCUUCUGUUGGGGAAACUUAUGCACAGACUGCUCUUGAAGACUCAGCCUGGAACCUCUGGCCUAUAAAUCCCUCUCAGGCUGCCACAACUGGUCAACCUAUUCCUCCUGCUGCAGGUGGUAGAUACCCUGGAGGUGCGGGUGGUGUACAUAUCAGAACUACCUCACACGCAAACAACAACAUUGCAAACAUACUUGCCAUGGCAGAGACUGUGCGUGAGGUUCUGCCGCACAUCCCAGAUGACAUAAUUUUCCAGGAUUUGCAGCGAACAAAUUCUGCAAUGGUUACUGUGAAUAACCUUCUCCAAAUGUGACAAGGCAUAUUAUGCUUCUAAAUACUCUCGGUUACCGCAGGUUGUUUUUGUACCUAAGGACUCCCUCUUUGUCCCCCAUUUUCCUAGUCUUUCUUACCUUCCUUCCUACGCGUAUUAAUGAGCUUCAUACAAUGUAUAUAGAGGCAGCUCACUUGAUCACUUGUACUAGAGGAAAAAAAAGGGAAAGAUACACAUUUUACGGCUCUCUUCUGUACUACCCCCGAUAUCCUUUGAAAAAUAAAUUCCCCAUGUAACAUUCUACACAUGUAUAGUUUGUGAUUCAUCCAACAUUCUUAGUGGAUGUUUGGUUCGUGGAUUCA